AUGGUAAAGUCAGUUCGGCUCCACCUCGCAACCCAUCCAGCAGCGGUCAUGAAGCAGAUAACAAUCAUCCUUGUGGUGUUGGCGGCGGCGGCGGCUCAGGGGAACCCCCAGGGCUACAAUAUCCAGGGUCCAGGUGGCUUAGGGUCCCAGUCAGCUUCCGUGCCCGCCAACUACGCCUUUCAGUGGGAGGUGGAUGACGCGGCUUCGAACAACUUCUUCGGCCAAGAGGAGCAGCGAGAGGAUGUCAACACGCAAGGAAGCUACUUCGUGCAGCUCCCCGACGGCCGCCGCCUGAAGGUCGACUACUUCGUGGACGAUACCGGCUAUCACCCGAGUGUCAGCUACGAGGGCGAGAUCAGGCUGUCUCCGGGCGGCGGCGGCGGCGGCGGUGCCUCUCAGGGUUUCUCCAAGCCGGCCUCGGUGCCUUCGCAGCUGUACGCUCAGCCUGGAAAAUAA